AUGUAUGUAUGUAUGUAUGUAUGUAUUUAUUAAAUGAAUGUGGGUUAUAAAAGCAAGUAAUUGAAUAACCUUUUUUGAUUGGUCGGAAGACUGCCGCUUGUCGUUGGCUUUGUUUUACAUUUUACAUCCGGGAAAAUACCUGUCAAAAUAAAAGACACUAAGCGGUAUUUAAACUAUGUGCAGAAGGUGUACAAAUACUCAGCUGUGUCAAUUGUAUGUGUAGGCAUAUAUAUUUGUGCUUGCCCACGUUACUGUUACUACUAGUAACUAGUAAUACUAAUAUAUACUUAAAUACUUUUUUGUUCUAGUUUUUUUUUUUUUUUUUUUUUUUUUUACAACUCUACAGUUGCACAAUUCGGUGUAAUAAAUUUAUAUAUAAUAUUAUAGAAGUGUAUAUAAUAAAAUCUCUAAAAAAUAUUAAAUAUUAAAAUAUAUUUUCCCGGAAAGAAUUUGAAUAAGCAUUUAGGUUAUUUUUGUACUCUUGGUGCUUCCUAUACAAGCAAUAAAUGCAUAAAUAACUAAAUAAUAAAUAAAUAAAUUCCUGCUCGGCCAGGGCGGAACAGCGACACUUCCUGCGCACUACACUGAAGGUUAUGCAGCUUCUUGUUGCUCGCCAACGCUUUUUUUUUUUUUUUGCUAUCUUGAAUUAGGGCUUUACUAACAAUGUCAGCAGUCGUGCACGUUUUGCUGCCCUUCUUUCUCUGCAUUGCUUUGGCGAACACUAACAUUUUCAACAAUGUGCUGGUGGACAUGUCCUACGAUGACUACGCCGAGAAGAGAGUGGAUCAGCUUCCUGGCUUUCUGGCCAUGCCGUUUAACUGUCUCGUCAACGUGGGUUACAUUAUAGUUGGGGUUUACUGGCUGAGCCGGAAGAUGGAUGAUCCCCGCGCCGCUUACACCAAGGACGUGUUCGCGCUUAUGGCCCUGGCGUACGGACCGGUCCAGUGGACGCGCCUGGCCACCCUGCGCCGCGCUCCCUCCGUCCUGGACCAGUGGUUCACGCUGCCCAUAUUCGCCUGGGUGCCGGUUUGGUGUCGGGUCAUUACGCACGGCUGGUCCGCUCGUUACGCGCUGACUGUGGAGGUGUGCUCUGUGGCGAGCUACGCGCUGGCGCUGCUGCAUGAGCGCGGCUUUGAGUUGGCUCUCGGUGCUCACAUCGCCGUGGCGCUGCUGCAGGCCGCCGCCGCUCAGCGCGUCUCCGGAGACCCAGCGUCUCUGCGCUAUUUCAUCCACGCUGGGCUGUCCUGUGCCGGAUUCGUGCUUUUAAAGCUCCUGGACCACGAGCUGGCCAAAUUCUGGCUCUUUCAAAACCUCACUGGACACUUCUGGUCCAAAGUGUGCGACAUUUUGCAGUUCCACUACAGUUUCUGUUUUCUUACGCACCUUACGCAAAUUGCGCACAAACGAACGUGUUAGAGCAGUGACGAUUAAACCAGACAUGGACAAGCAGCCAGUGUCAUAAUGGACAUGACAGUAACAGUAAUAGCUAAUGUACCCCUCUAAUCUAAUCUCUACGCCCUCUAAUCCUUUUUAUUCUAUAAAGAUGUUAUAAUUUUUUUAAAUUAUAUUUUAGUUUGUUUCGAUGUAUUUACAAUAAAGUAUGAAUUACUUACA